AUGGUGGAAGGUACGGUAUCCUUCCUUGUUCUGGCUACCAUCAAGAGAGCUUGUAAUAAUGGUAACAUGUUUGCUGUUUUCAAUUAUUAUUUUCCAAAUAAACCGGUUUGCCACGUUCAAAUGAGGCUGUUGGUAUCAGGAACAGUGAUCUUGAAACUCGCAUUGAAGAAAUACGUGAUGAAUUUAGCACAUGGGAAGAACUACAUGAGGAUGAAAGGCAAUGGCUGGAGUAUUGUGGCAACUGGCAAGAAGUACAAAAACAAUGAUGGGCCAGAGAAAGUAGAAGCCCUGAAAGAAGAAGCAUGUCGGAUAAUUGACUUGCUGCAUCAGGAUGCUUUGCAAGAUCCUCAAAAGGAAACAGAUGAUUUCGAAAGCAAAUUGACCGAGCUGAACCGUGAAAUGCCUAGCUACUUGGACUACAGUUUUGUGAACGAAUAUUUUACCGAGCGAGAUCUUCUCAGGGAUGACAAUGUCUUUUUCAUUGGUAUAUGUGGAAUGGGAGGAAUGGGAAAAACGUGGCUAGUAACUCACUUCAGGAGUCAGAUAAGAUGGAAGAAGAAUUUUAAUUUUGAAAAUGUGUAUUGGGUCACAGAAUCCCAAGAUUUUAGCAUUCUUAAAUUGCAGGACUCCAUUGUCAAAAGGAUAGGUGAAAAGCUUGAUGAUGAAGAUGAGAUAAUUGACAGGGCAGAAGUUUUGUCAUGUGCAUUGGGAAAGAUAGAUAGAUUAGUACUUAUCUUAGACGAUGUUUGGAAUUAUAUUGAUCUACAGAAGGUGGGGAUCCCGCAGAACAAAUGGAAUCAAAUUGAUUCUAACAAGUCGUCUAAAACAUGUGUUUCAACAAAUGGAUUGCCCAGGCGAUAA